AUGCUCCUGAUUAGAAUACUCCUGUCUUGCUUUUUGGCUACUCUUUCUGUUGUAGACGGAGGCUAUCUACAAUCCCCGCGAUGCCUAUCGGGUAACAGCUUAAGCAGGGCGGUGAGCAUUGAGCGCGAUAGGCCCCAAAUGUUCGUAGGCAAGCCCAGCCAAGGCAUUACGGUCUACGUACUCAAUUCUGGCAUCCGAGUCACAAGCCCCGAACUCGAUGGGCGCGCAACAUUUGGGGCUAAUUUUGUCGACAACAACGAUCAUGACCAGCUUGGCUACGGCACAGAGGUUGCACGCGCCAUUGUCAGCAAUUAUUUUGGUGCCUCCAAGAGCGUGGACCUGGUAGCCGUCAAGGUCGUUGCGGACGAUGGCAUGGCUACUACUUUCAGUGUUCUCCAAGGCGCCGAGUAUGUAUUUAACGAGGUGGCCCGAAAAGAACAGGCUGGUAGGGCCUUUGUUCACAUUCCUCUAGCCAGCACGGUUCGAACGGCCGUUGCAGACGCUAUUGAGGAACUUAAGAAAGCAGGCAUCGCCCUCAUCAAUGAUGACGAGAUCGUGGGAGUAGCCUAA